AUGGCCAUGCGCGCGGUGAACAAAAAGGUCCAGAUCAAGACCCGCGGCAAGGUCAUCGGGGUGGUGCGUGAACAUUAUCUCCGGACGGACAUUCCGUGUCAGUCGGACCUGUGCUUUGAAGGCUGUUCUCACACGUCCACCGCAUCCAGUCCGUCGAGUAGUCCGACAUUGCCCAGCCAUGUAACGCACUACAUUUUGCCCUUGGCCGAUGUGGUGCAACAUUUCCUGGACAUACUCAACUUCACCGAGAUCACGGGCAUGAUUUUCUGUCAGUCCGUGGUCAAUUCGGUGAACCAAGCUAGUUUGAGUAAAUACAGAAAGCUAUGCACUCUGAUCAAGGACCCCAAGAAGGCUAGUAUCUUUUUCCCCAAUGAGUUCUUCGAAGACACGUUUCUUCCUCGAGACCCGAAUGUGCCCUUGGAGAUGCAUCAAGCAGAGUUGGCCUACAAGGCCGCCAAGUGGUACUAUGAGCAUCUGGGAGGUCAAAAGCCGAUCGUGAUGGUCACGGAAGAUCAAGAGAUAGUCGACCACUUCGCCUCCAAGCGACUAGAGGUCUUCGUUCUGCGAUUAGGCGAGUAUCUGACGGAUUUUUGGCCCACCUUGCCCGACGUCCAAGACGUCUUCCAAGGCCUGAUUGAGGCUAGAAUUGCCAGGUCCAUCAAGGACUCGGAUCAAGACUACAAGGACUACUUCAAACUGGAAGUCUUGGAAGCCGGGAUCCGGCAGGGCAAAUUCGUGGCUGGCAAGCUCAGUGUGGACAAGCAUCACGCCGCUACCGAGGCGUUUGUUCACCGUCAAAGUGAUGGCUCCAAGUCCUCGGAAAGAGACAUCCUUAUUCCCGGCAUGGUCCUGCGAAACAGGGCGGUCCAUGGGGAUAUGGUGGUGGUUCAACUCCUACCCAAAUCCGAAUGGCGUAGUAAGAUCACCAAAUUGGGCUCCGAUGCCGAUAACCAAGACAAGGAAGAGGUGUGGGAACAGAGAGCCGAUGUGGAACCGACGGGACGAGUUGUCGGGAUCCUCCAGCGGAAUUGGCGCGAAUAUAUAGCCACUAUUCCCAAAGAGGAAGCCACGAGUCUCAACCGCAAAUCCGGCAAAAGGAUAUUGGCCUUUCCGUACGACUACCGGAUUCCCCGGAUCCGCAUUCUGACCGCGCAAGGCGAGAAACUGGCGCACGAGCGGAUCGUGGUCAGAAUCGAUAAUUGGCCCGUGAAUAGCCAAUAUCCGAAUGGCCAUUUCGUCCGUUCCUUGGGCAAAAUCGGUAAUUUGAACACGGAAAUUGAUGGCAUCCUAGCCGAGAACGAGAUCUCGAUCACACCCUUCUCCCAAGGGAUACUGGCCGAAAUGCCCAAAGACGAUUGGCAACCCACGGAAGAAGAGAUCAAUCAACGGAAGGACCUGCGUAAAUCCCACUUUGUCAUGAGCAUUGAUCCUCAGGGAUGCGAAGAUGUCGACGACACUCUCUCGGUGAGGAAGCUGUCCAAUGGGAACUUGGAGUUGGGCGUGCACAUCGCCGACGUUACCCACUUCGUCCCGUUGAAUUCGUUGACCGAUCUUGAAGGACGACGUCGGGCCACCACGGUCUACCUGGCAGAUCGGCGAUAUGACAUGCUGCCCUCCGUCCUUUCGGCCAACGUGUGCUCCUUACUCGGGAACGUGGACCGCUUUGCAGUCUCGGUCCUUUGGGAGCUUGACCCGUCGACGCACGAGGUCAUCAGCGUUUGGUACGGUAGGACAGUCAUCAGGUCAGCCUAUAAACUGUUCUACGAAGCCGCCCAAGACGUGAUCAACGGGAAAUCCGCUAAGGAAAUGCAGAACGAGAUCCCCGAGCUGCAAGGCUUAAAUGGACAAGGUCUAGCCAAGAAGUUCAAGGCCCUCAAGGAUGCACUCACCAUGCUCAGUAACAUCGCUCAGAGCAUCCAAACCCGACGAGAACGCAGUGGAGCACUGCAGCUGGAAAGCACAGAGGUCCAGUUCGAGUUCCAGCGAUCCAACCUCGAGGACAUCAAGCCCAAAGAGCACCUGAAAAUCCACGAGACCGUCGCGGAGUGCAUGAUCUUGGCGAAUCAUUGGGUGGCCAAGAAGAUCGCCAAGAGCUUUCCCCAACAAUCCCUGCUGAGACGUCAUCCCGCCCCCAACAAGGAGAACUUUCAAGAACUGAAACAAUGUGCCGCAUCCCGCGGGUGGCACAUUGAAGUCUGGUGAAACAAGGCCCUGGCCGAGUCCCUGAAUAAGUGCAACGACCCCAAGGACCCCGUGGUCAAUUUCUUGCUCCGCAACCUGGCCACACAUGCCAUGGUUCAGGCCGUGUACUUUUCCACGGGAUCCGUGAAUCCCGAGCAAUGGGAGCAUUACGGACUGGCAUUGGGCCAGUACACGCACUUCACCUCACCCAUCCGACGGUAUGCAGACAUCAUCGUCCACCGACUGCUCCUGGCGGCCUUGGAGAAUCAAGAUUGGUGGACCAACUCCGAGGCCAAGACCAACCACAAUGCUCUCAUGGGAAACUCCGAACUGCGCGAUGUGGCAGCUCAUAUCAAUGAGCGCAAUCGGGCAGCCCAACAGGCCCAGCGAUCCUCGCAAACCUUGUUUCAAACCCUCUACUUCAAAGGGAAGGAUGUGGAUGACCCGCGGUGUAUGGUGGAGGCGGUCAUUGUCAGUGUCAGAGCCAAUGGAUUUUUGGUCUACAUUCCACGAUAUGCCCUCAAAGGACCCGUUUACAUGCAAAAUGCAUCGGGUGAGGUUCUGUUUUGCGACCAGAAACUAGGUCCCAUGUGGGUCAAUGGCGUGUUGUGGAAAGAUGACCACUCGCUGCACGUGGAGUCGGUCAGUGGUCAUCAGGUAUUCAAGAUUUUUGAUCACGUCACCAUCACCAUUCAGAUGAAGGGCUCUGAUGUCCAUCCUUGCGUGUUGAAAUACUACCUCUUGAGCUCGAAACCGCCCAGAAGCUCCCACCAGGUCCAAUUGGAGCAAGGAGAGGUCAAUUUCCUGGACGAGAUUCGAAAAGACCAAGCUUUGAAUGAUGGCGAAUCCAACGAAAAGGAAACCGAGGAGGUGGGUAUGGACAUCGACGAGCCUUCUUUAUCUAUGGCGGCCAAAAUCAAGGCCAAACGGCGGGAAAAGGUGUCAAUGUACGAGUUUUUUCAAAAAAUGAGACAUAUGGCGGUCAGUGACGAAUAAAAAAACUAUAAAAAAAAAAAAAAANA